AUGACCCCUCACCCUCCAAAAUCUCCGCUUUCGUUGAUCUUGGGAUUGCUGCGCUUACUAGUAUCUGUUCCGGUCAAGUGGUCGCAACAGCACUUGCAGCUGGUCUGGCUCUUUCUCAAGCGUCGCUUCCAACGCCUGCGAUCAAAGGACCGCGAUGGACGAGGUGGCACGACACCUGGCGGCCUGGGAUCCCAAGGAAUGGUUGACGAGAAGGCGUGGAAGGAGGAGGGCGAGUGCGAUGUGAUCUACUCAAGCAGAGAGCCGGUGUCCCACCUAGGUAUCAGCGAGCAUGUCUCUCCCGAAAACUUGCUGAGGGUGAACAACACCCCGAGUCGUCCGGUUUCCGUCGCAUACUCACAGUCGUCCGAUAGUCCAUACUCGAUCGACGUCCAGACUGCCUCACAGUCAUCCAUUAAUCUCAGCGUUUCUGUUCCAGGCGGCCGUGUUUAUCGCAAUAGUGCUUAUGACGGUACUGGACAGGACCACCUUCGAGCGCCCUCUUCUCGACCAUCAUCUCGUUCAUCUGUUCGUACUGGCGACCGACGAUUUGCCCGGGAGGUCUACAAACCCACGUCUGGCCGGGCGAUAUCGCGUUCAAGAUCCCAAGGACGUUCUCCGGUGCCGACGCCUCACAUAUCUCCCCAGACGUCUGUCUUGUCGGUAUCGUUUCACGAGAAAUCGGCCUCAAAUAGUCGAAUCAAUCUGGCAGUGCCCUCCGGUCAUAUUCCCGAUCCUCUCCGAAUUCAGAGACAAAGAAGGACACAGACGCUGUAUCCAAUUUUGCAGACACGCCGAUAUGACAAGGUCUCAGUGUUGGAAGAUUUGGAAUCAGUUUUCAUUGUCAAGCCAUUGGAAACGACAUUCCCUCGCUCUAAUGUACCUCUUGGAUGGGAAGCACUCGUACACCCAGAAGGCGCCUUGUAUUUCUAUCAUCCCGAGAAGAAAAUAUUUACGGAGGCUUACCUCUGCGACCCUGAUAUCUUUCUCGAGAUCGAUGACUUUGCCGCUCAAGUGGAGGAAGUGAUACAGGCGCAACCCAAUCCACUCCCCGAACACGUUGAACUUGUUCUCGAACUCGAAGAAAACAAAAAAGAGAACAAGGAGACCAAACACCAUUGGUGCUAUUAUUUCGUAGACCACAAGUCUCGGACGCUUUUCUGGCUGCACGAGUAUGAUAUUGUGGGAGAGCUAGGCGGUAGUUUGAAAGGACUGAACUCUGCGCCGCAUGUCAUGGCUGAAGAGUUUGGUAUAGAAGAAAACUACUGGUAG